AUGAGAGCGUUUUCAACAUUAAACCGUUUGCGAAAUGUCAGUUCGCGAGGUCUUGUGAAGCUUGAUCGCAAGUUCCUGAAGAUCGUGGGUCCCGACUCGGCCAAGUUUCUGAAUGGACUCCUGACUACGAAGAUGGUUCCCUCUUUUGAAAAAAAGAACCUAACGACCAUCUCCAACAGUGAUCUACAAGACCAGGAAAACUCAAAAGCACUCAAGUUAUCACAAUCACAAAUGGAAACGGAAAACUGGGGUAUUCUUCAUGAAGAUGAAACAUUUGAUUCUACCGAACCGGAACGACUGGGGAUACGAAGAGAUGGACGGUACUCAAUGCUUCUCAACUCAAGAGGGAGAGUGCUUUCAGAUUUGUUUGUUUAUCCUACGCCGUAUGUUGCUAAAGAACUUGAAGGGCCGUCCACCAAUGGCCCCGAGUAUUUGCUUGAACUAGGCCCGAAGAACUUUGGUCAAAUACAGAUGAUGCUCAAGUUACAUAAGCUCCGAGCAAAAAUCAACAUUUCGGUUGCAAAAUACAAUUCGUGGUUUUAUUACGACCAUUCAAGCGACUUCGAUGAGUUCUUCAAUGUCCUACAGUCAAAGUACCUCAACAAUGGAAUUUCAAAGUCCCCAGAGUCUGCGGCAGACGCAGCUAGUCAGGUAUCAAAAGAAUUGAUCCAUCAAAAAAUAUUAGAUGCAACCAGUCUUUCACAAUUGGAGGGCUUUGCCGUUGAUGAUAGAGCACCUGGUUUUGGACUAAAAUUCGUUCUGCCUGAAGAUGCCGAGUUGACGAGUUUGAAUGACGUGCUGGUCGAUCCUUCAGAGUAUAAUACUUUAAGAAUCCUAGCUGGAAUCUCAGAAGCUUCCGAUUUCGUUUCCGAUACUUUACCAUUUGAAAAUAACCUCGACUAUAUGAAUGGUAUCAAUUUUAACAAGGGAUGUUAUGUGGGACAAGAAUUAACAAUUAGAACCUACCACUCCGGAGUGAUCAGAAAACGUGUGAUGCCUUUUCAAAUAUUCAGAAUUGGCGAUCCGAUCACAAACGAAAUGAUACCUACUGAUGACGACUAUGGACUGAGCCAUCAGGAUAAAUUACAAAUCAUCAAGCCUCCAUCAGCAGAUACUGAAGAGGAUGCGCAGCCAUCCAAUCCGUUUGGGUCCAAAAUGCGCAAGGACACAAAAAUUGGCGAAAUUAUCAAACUGGAUAAAAAUAUUGGACUUGCAGUGGUGUAUGUCGAUAAGAUUGAUGAUAGUAGCGCAGCUGGGGCCAAUGAAUUCCCUCUUGUCUCCAAAGAAAAGGAUAUCAACGGCAAAUUCGUUGCCAAAGUUUAUAGACCAGACUGGUGGCCCCAGGAUGACGAAGAUAUUUAG